AUGGGCUUGAAUAUGUGCUGUUUUGGCAGGAAGGAGUACGGCGCGCCCGAUGGUCGUUCAUGUGCUUCGUUUCAUCACUGGGGCCUGGAGGCUUCAGAGAACUUCAAUGUGCAUACUGGACUUUUCAAACGUCCACUAGUACAGACUUGGUAUUUCAGAGUCAUCCUUUGGGAUCGCGACUUCACCCGAGCUCAACCAUACUUCACUGUUGGUCCGUUCACACCAGAACCAUGGAUGAACGACAAGAGCACGGCGAUCUUAAUCAUGAGUGGCGUCGCAGUCAUCACUGCAGUCUUAAUAUACAUGGAACAGAGCGAUAUGAAGAACCCGAAGAAGCGGAAGAUCGGUUGA